UGUUCGAAUCGCUUUUUUUCGGACAUUGUCGAUAAAUUUAAAUAAAAAUUGAGUGCGCAUCUCGAAUUUCGGACCGGAACACAAUGGAAAGCAUCACAGAAUUCAGCGGAAAUUACCUGCAAAAAGUUUUUUCAGACUCGCCAAAUGAAAAUGUCGCGACAUCUCCUUUGUCCCUUGUCUCGUUGUUGUAUCUCUUGUGGGUUGGCGCUCGCGGAUCGACUCAAUCAAGCAUUGCAUCAACCAUGAAGAUCAAUUCCCUUCGUUCGCCGCUCGAGACGCAGCAGGAAUUUGAGAAAAUUUUCAACAAAUUGAACAAUGAUCCGCUCCUGAAAUCCGCCACAAAGAUUUUUCUGAAUCAGGCGUUCAAUGUUACCGCGGAAUUUGAGCCGUUCGUGCAAUCGUUCGAUUUUAACGAUGUCGCGCACGUCACAAGGUCAACCAAUGCCUGGAUCGAAAGCUACACAAAUGGCAAAAUAAAGAAGUUAGUUGACGAGAAUAUGAUUCAACCGGAAACGAUAAUGGUCCUGUUGAAUGCUUUGUACUUCAAGGGUUUGUGGAAGGAUCCGUUUACGUUUACGCGCGAAGAUGACUUUCAAAAUAUCGAUGGAAGUAAGUCGCGAGUGACUUUUAUGAGUGAAAUUUUCCGCUAUCGUCACGCCAAUUUGAGAGACCUAAAUGCUGAAGUUCUUGAACUCCCAUAUCAAAACUCCGACAUCGUGAUGUUAAUCUGCCUACCAAACAGCCCAAACGGAAUUCAGGAUCUCAUCAAAAAAUUCCCAACAGUUCAAAAACGAGUUUUUUCCACUCCAUUGGAAGCGAAAUAUUUGAGUGCAACACUGCCACGCUUCAAAAUCGAGUCCUCAUUGAGACUCAAUCGAAUCCUGAAGCAACUUGGAAUGGGAGAAGCCUUCACGGAUCGCGCUGACUUCCGUAAUAUGCUGAAACCGGGCAGUGGUUCGUCAAAAGUUUCGUCUGUAGUGCAAAAAACUUUCGUUGAAGUCGAUGAAAAGGGCACGGAAAGUGCUUCGGGAUCGGGAGCUUUUAUUAUUCCCCGCAUGAGUUUGGAAGAUUUCAAUUGUGAACAUCCUUUUAUGUUUUUCAUCUACCAUCGAACGUUGAAUAUUCCGAUAAUUGCGGGAGUUGUGAGGAAUUUGUAGAAAAUAAAGUGAGAUUU